GUUCGAUGGUGUGGCUGAAAACGGAGGGCAAUCAAAAGCAAUCUAUAUAAUUAUCAUCAAGUGGUGGUUUUUCCUCUCCCUGGCAAAGAAACACUCCAUCCAUUUUGUGGAGAAAUGCCCGCAGGGAAAGAUACAUCAAAACUAAUCAUAACGAUUAAAAUCAGCUUCUCUCAGACGCCAGCCUGUUUUAAAUUCAAGGAAAAGAAACAGAUUUCUUUAUUCGAUUGUAGAAAACUGUUUUUAAAGGGGGAGAAAAAAGAGAAAAGACUGAGGUUGUGCUUCUCUUUUAGACUGGGAGGCAGAGACUUGAGCUAAUUGUAUCCUGAUCUUUGCCUGCAGGGCUUUUCAGAGCCCCCGAGCAAGUCUUCUCUGUAUUUUCUUCUGUCUACCUUAGCCGAGCUAUUGCAUUUCUCCCUGGCGGUGGCUGGAGACGCAGAUCGGCGGUCACAAAUCGGAAGAUUAUUGGGGGAAAAAGAAGGUGAAGGGGAGAAAAAAGGAUAAUCGCUCCAGCAUGUCCAGGCCUAUGAUCACCCGGUCGCCAGUGUCCCCCCUGAGCAACCAGGGCAUACCCACGCCGGCGCAGCUCACAAAGUCCAACGCCCCCGUGCAUAUCGACGUGGGGGGACACAUGUACACCAGCAGCCUGGCCACCCUCACCAAAUUCCCAGAAUCAAGGAUCGGUCGUCUCUUUGAUGGCACAGAGCCCAUAGUCCUGGACAGCCUGAAGCAGCACUACUUCAUAGACAGGGACGGACACAUGUUCCGCUACAUCCUCAACUUCCUCAGGACGUCCAAGCUGCUCAUCCCGGACGACUUCAAAGACUACAGUCUGCUGUACGAGGAGGCCAGAUACUUCCAGCUGCAGCCCAUGCUCUCCGAGCUGGAGCGCUGGCGCCAGGACCAGGAGCUGGGCCGGGUGUCACGUCCCUGCGAGUGCGUGGUGGUGCGCGUGGCGCCCGACCUGGGCGAGAGAAUCACGCUGAGCGGCGACAAGGCGCUGAUAGAGGACGUCUUCCCCGAGAUCGGCGACGUCAUGUGCAACUCGGUCAACGCCAGCUGGAACCACGACUCCACGCACGUCAUCCGCUUCCCGCUCAACGGCUACUGCCACCUUAACUCUGUCCAGGUUCUGGAGCGCCUGCAGCAGCGAGGCUUUGAGAUUGCCGGCUCCUGCGGCGGCGGCGUGGACUCCUCCCAAUUCAGCGAGUACGUUCUGAGGCGGGAACUGAGGAGGACGAGUCAGCGAGGGCCCAAUUCUAAUAGGAUAAAGCAAGAGCAGCUGGACUAAAGACCCCCCCUCUCUGUGCUGGACUUUUCCUUGGACUCUUCACUUUUUCUCUUCAUUUUUUAUUUUUUUGGUUUUCUUCUUGUCGAUGUAUUGGUUUUCUUAUAUAAGAACCAUCUUAGAGAAUUAAAAAGGAAAAAAAAAUAGAUGCCAACAUUUUUUAAUAUGGAGAUCGUGGGGACAUUUGUGAUUGUCUUACCCAUCAACACAAUUGAGAAAGAUUUAUAUAUGUUGUAUCCCUAAAUAAAGUUUGUUUUAAAACUUAGCCUACAUUAGGUUGAAUAUGGUUUGUAACGGUGGAGCAAUGAGUGGCAGGGCAUCAAACGUGUCACCCGUCACUGCGCUUUGUCGCCUCGCUGGCACGGUGGUUAAGUGUGUGAUUAUGGCUCGCUGUGGAAAGGUCACCGAUGUGUUGCUUACAGUGCCGAAUGUCUCAGUUGUCAACAACAAUUAGCAUCCAUUUUCACACUAUGUUGAAUAAUGUGAGACCAAUGAAGGAUUUUGCUUUAAUAUUUAUUUUUAGUGGUGCAAAGAUACAGUUGCACAUUUUAAUCUAAAGACUAAGUAUGAUUUAUUUUGGGGCUGUCCAAAUUUAAAAAACAAAAGUAAGAACAUGGGGUCGGAUAUAUUGAUAAUCAUGCCUUACUUGGCAUGCUUACUUAGUAGUAAUAUUUAUUGUUCAAAUAAGUUAUCUCUUUUAAUUUAAUUGAAACAUUCAUCUAAAUCAGACCAGGGCAAAAUACGGGUCACCUGCGGCUCGUUAUGAUUUUCAAUUCGUUCUACAUCCAUGUAGAAUGAUCGUAACAAUUCACAUCUUGUGUUGUUAACACGUGAAACUGGUAUCUAAACAUGGUGUAGCUCCUCUCCUCCAAAUGCAAGUGCUUCUACAGCAGGAAUAUAAAUUCUGUAUUCCUACAAAAUACAAAAUCUGGCAAGACACUUAACGCACUGCAGGUAUUUAUUUAAAUUGUCAUUAAAAAGCGUGUUCAUGUCCUUUUUGUGCUGAGCCGUUUAAAAAAGCAUAAUGUUUAAAAUGUUUUUUUUAGACCUUAAACAUCAAAACUGUCGCCGCCAUUAUGAUGUGCAGUGCUGUUUUUAAAUGACCGUAAGUCUUGAAUUAUAGAAAGUAUUUAAAUGGUCGAAAUGUGCGCUUUUGAGUGUCACGGGUUAUUACGGUAAUCUAUGUCACAGAAGCUCAGACCAGGAACAAAGCUGAGUGGGCGGGGUUUUUUUUCAGAGCAGCCAGCCUCAAGCGCAUGUGCCUGAAACAGAUUUUUACGUGUCAAUAUACCAUUGUCAGUGUGUAUUACACUUGGCCUUCAUGUUUUUGCUGUUUUUUAAAUUUUGUUUUGUUUUGCAAAAGAUACACAACUAUAGAGGAGCUGGUCUGAGAUGUAAAAGAAGAGCGACGUUCAUAUGUUGUUAACAUUCAGUGUUUUGUUGUUCUUAGUGAAUAUUGUAAAUCCCACUUUCUUUUUUUUAACUUACAUUGUGGGUGUCCCAUUCAGUAAAACAAAUUUAGAAUUCCAUUCCGUGUUUUUUUAGGUGGUCUGUCAUAACUUUUUUAGAACUCUAUUGGACAUUGUGACUUUUGGUAUUAGUGUUCCUGGAAAAAAAGGGACCCAAACACACAUACUGUACAGCAGCUAAAUGUGUAUAUAUAAUUUAUACACACAUACACAAUUGCCCCCUGACACAUUUUUUUCUCUCAAUGUGGCCCCCGAGUCAAAAUAUUUGCCCUGGCUCUGAUCAAAAUGAAAUAAAAUUUGUAUUCAUAUUUUAUAUAUUUAGUUAAUUAAAUGAACUAUAAAAUAAUAAAUAAUACUUUUUUCUUUUAACCGUGGCCCAAGUCCACCUUUGGCGUUUUUCAAUGUAUUGGGAAAAAAAAUAAUUGCCCCUUUGGACACUCCUGAUUGAAUCGCUCAUAGGCAACUUUUACUCAUCAGCGUCCCCUUCCUUCCCUUCAGGUCAAUCAUGAGUUUUACACCAUCAUAUGAGAACGCUUUAAGUGUGGCUUUCUUGUUUGCUUUUAAGAUGACGCAAAUUGCUAAGUAACUGCUAAGUUCUUCCAAAUGUGCACAUUUUGAUAUCUGGAAUAAGUUUUUCUAAAGCGACGGACCCGACCUAGGAAAAAAAAGAGGAAUGUAGCUACAAACAAGCGAAAUAAAUUUAAUGUCAAGUUGUCAUGGUGUGUGUUUGUACGUUGCCGCGGGCGAGCAUCGUCAUUUUUGCGGCAUCACAAAGAUCGUUGCACUUUUGAUAGCAUCCUCGUUCUUUCUUUGAAGAAGCAAAACCAAGUUUACCC